AUGUGGCACUACUUUAAUUUUGGGGAAUAUUCUUUUUUAAAUAGCAAUAUCGUUGAUUCAGACACUUCCAAAUUUAAUCAAACUUCAGUCACCUUUUAUUAUCCAUGCUCUGAUAAGCAAAACUGUUCAGGAUUUGAGAUCAAACUCAAUCCUGGGCAUUAUUUAUUUGAAGUUUUUGGAGCUCAGGGUUCUCAAGAGGCCGAAUCUCAAAAAGGAGGAUUAGGUGGCUACGGGCGUGCGGAAGUCACUAUUCCAAAAACAUUUCCUUUGUAUCUGGUUGUAGGUUCCCAAGGUAAGUGGACCGAUAGUGAUGCUAGUGAAGCUUCAUUCAAUGGUGGAGGACAGGGAUACAAAUCAGGCCCAGGAGGUGGUGCUACUGACUUUAGAAUUUCAGAAAAUGACCUCCGCACCCGAUUUCUGAUUGCUGGUGGUGGUGGGGCCCAAGGAAUAGAUUCCGGUUCAGGACAUGAAGCAGAAAUAUCUCCACAACCUGUUGAUCCUGAUGGAGGCUUUGAUGAAGGUGACGGUUUCUUGAAAAGGCUUCAUGAAACAAGGCAAUCCGGUGCAAUUAAUGAACGUUUAUCCGGUGACUCUAAUCAAGGUGGAUCUGGCGGUGGAACAAUUGGAGGUGACGGAAGUGAUUCAGAAGUGACUGGAGGAACACAAAAUUCAGGAGGUAUUGGAUAUAUAUCUGGUUCAUUUGGGAGUGGAUGCAUAUUUCAUGAUGCAGGGGCCCACGGAGGAUCAGGAGGCGGACUCUUUGGAGGAAGCUGCGGAAAAGAUUCGGGAGUUUCUGGUUCUGGUGGAUCUGGCUUUUUUUAUUCCGAGAAUAAAACUGAACUAAUCGAUACGAUUAAGACCAUAAAGAUUUCUAAUGGUUCCCUUUUAAGUGGUCAAAACUUUGGUGAUGGAUAUGCAAUCAUCACUUUGCUAUCAUCUUUUUCAAAAAAUUACCGAAAAAGAAUUAACAAGUCAUAUGUUGCUGUUAUUAUGUAUAUUUUAAAGUAUAAAUAA